AUGAUUUCAGUUUCGCUCGUGCUUCUGCUGCUGUUUGGAGUCCGUUGCUUCGAUUCAGCAGGUGAGCAGCCGGGUGACGUCAUCGGAGAGCAUGUGACCAAUAUUACUGUAGCUUUAGGUCAGAUAAAUGAUGACUCGCCGUUAUUCAUCAACACUUCCAUCGAUGCGUCGAUGAAUUUGAACAUUUUUGUCGAGAAAAAACCAUUCUUCACGGGCUCUGUUACGGUACCUUUUCGUGUUCUUUGCCGGCCCCAGAUGAAAGUAUUUCUUCAGGGUUACAAGCUCUAUUACACAAAAGACGCAAGCCAGACGACGGACGAAUACGCGAAUUGGAGCCAUGAAGAAGUGCUGUCCAACGAGAACUCUUACCUUUUCGUGUUAGACGCGAAGAAGCACGAAGUCGCGGCCGGAGUCGUCUACCGGGUCAGAGCCACCAUUUUCUUCAACAACGUCGAGAGCCAGCCGUCGGGAGUGAUUGCAAUGAACACAAAGCAGGCGGCCGCGAAGGCUCCGUUGAUUGUGAACACGAAGAUAUUGCACAACUCGUCCGUGCUCAUUUCCUUCGUGCCCUCCGACGAUGUUAAUGUUAUUGAGGUAUUGAGGCCCACGGGGACCGUUUAGCACAAACAAAUGGGAACUCCUUUCAGAACUACACUUUGAUGUACAAACAAGAGGAAGAGGAGGAGUGGAAAUCUCUCAAUUUCAAGUCGGACAUUGACGGGAAAGUCCUACUCGAUGGGCUUGUUCCGAACCAUACGUACGCCGUGAAGAUGUUCGUGACAGGCGGACCCAUCCAGGGAGCUCUUUCCAACUCGGCCACGUUCACCACAAACUCGACGGCUCUCGCAUUGGUGAAAACAGAUCCAAACGAAGAGUACACGGCCGAUCCGCAGACGAACGAACCGCUGAGCAUAAAGUGCACUGUGAAGUCGGUGAGCCAAGCGACUGUGCUCUGGAAGGUCAACGGUUCGAGUGAUUGCCCCUCCCAUCACUUCUGUAUUCUCUGAUUCAGGCGUCAAAGUAUCCGUGGACUCCAGUUUCUACACGGUCGUCACUUCGGUCCACGAGGACUUUAUCGAAUCGACGAUACGAGCAAAGUCGCGGACGAGAUCCGCAAAGUUCACUUGCAUUGCGACGAAUGACGCGGGCGACUCGUCGAAGGAUGUGAACGUGAGUUGAGAAGAUGAGAAAGAAGAGUGUGAUGGAUUACUGUAGGUAGUGAUAAAGGGACCAGGAAGUCCUCCGUCGGAAAUCACUUUGGUAGCCGAGAAAAGAGGAUACACAAUCGCAUGGAAGCCGCCGUCUCAUCCGAACGGAGAGAUUACGGUACACAACUGAACGUGAUUAUUCAUCGCAAACUUUUCAGAAGUACGUCGUUUACCACACUCUGAACAGAGAGGAUCCGUUGUCCGACUGGAGGAAGAUUGAUUUGGAUGGAUCGGAAAAGUUCGUGAGAAUCAUUAUGGAUACGGAGGAGAGUUUCUACGGGAGGGUCCAAGCAGCCACCGAACUCGGACCCGGCAUCAUUUCAGACAUCGUUGCCAUGGAAAGAGACAGUAAGGGAAAAGAGACAAGGAAAUUGUGUGAACUCGUGAAUUCGUUCAGCUCAACCAAUAUCAGUGGAGUCCGAUUUGAAUGGAGUGACGGCCACGACGAUGGUGGUGGAUCCCCGAGAACAGGUAAUUCAGAAAACUCGUCUUCUCCAUCCAUCUUCUCCGUGCAGCUUUCAAUUCAAUGCACCGCCCGUGGAAAGCCCCGCCCCUCGAUUUCAGUGGCUAUCAGCGACCGACGGAACGCGAGUCUCGUGGAAGUCGACGUUUGGAACCGUCUGCAAGCGACUUCUUCUGGCGGCGUCGUCUCCGCCGCACACAACUUCUCUGUGCUCACUUCGAAGUUUGUGCACUGCCGAGCCAAGAACUCCGCCGGAAGCAACUAUUCGACAAUCGAACUGAACGUGGACAGUGAGUCGGCCUUCAAAUGAAUCGGAAGAGCUUCCAAGGGUUUGCAGAGCCCGGAGAUGCUCCAACUCAACUGCAAGUGCUCAGUGUGAAUGCUCUCGAUGCGACAGUUGUCUGGCAUUCCCCUCAGUUUCCUAAUUUGGCAAUCACGGUCGGUCUCUUCGUCCACGUGCGCACAGAAAGAGAAAGUUCAGAGCUACAUAGUGCUGGUAAGCAAGGACGACAAAGAGGACAAAAGUGCGUGGCUGCAGUACGAGUCGAACGCGAAAGAGACGCAAAUCAACAGAAUGCUUCUUCCGACGGGCAGUCUCGAGAAAUCGACCGACUACUUUGUGUGCGUCCGUGCGAAGAAUGCGGCUGGAAUCGGGCCGACGAGCAGUCUGGUCUCUUUCAAAACUUUGAACGGAGGCCCCGACAGCCCUCCGUCCAACCUCAAAGUGCUCAUAAACGAAGCGAAUCAGGUGAUUGUAAACUGGGAGACACCCAAUUCCACGACGGAAGUUACGGUAAGAGCCUCUGUUCGUCAUUGGUCAUCUGAGUAUUCCAUUCCAGGGAUAUCUGAUCUAUUACACUCGAGAUCUGAGUCUGUCUAAUAACGAUUACAAGAACUGGCAGUUCGUGGAAAUCAACAAUGAACUGACCAAAUAUAAAUUCGAACUUUCUGUCGGAUUGAAACCAAAAACGUUCUACCGAGUUCGGAUAUCCGGCAAGAACUCGCACGCCGACGGUCCCGCCAGUGAAGUCGUCGAGUUUGAAACUGCGUAUUCUGGUGAGGCGAAGCGGAUCUUCUGGACAACUGCCCUAUGCGCCCGUUCCUUUCAGAGCUUCCGAUUCCAACUGAUCUGAAGACACAAGUUCUGGACGAUAACACAAUUCACAUCAGAUUCAAUGCGGUCAGAGAUCCAGACGAUCAUUCGAAAGCCAUCGACGAAUACCGCAUCGAUUUGGCGGCCACCGAAGACGUUCUUCACGCCCAAUGGAAGAUAAUCGAACCGAAGGGCAUUAAGAUAGACGAGAUCAACUCGAUGGUAAUCGGAAGGGGGAUAUUCAGAAGAAGUUCCAGAAAACAGUGUCCUUAGGUAGACGUCGAAAUCGACGGAGAUUCUGUGGAAAAGAACAGGAUGUACUGGGUGAAAGUGACGGCGAGACUGGACAAUCCGGCGUGGGGAGUGCACUCUUCAAAGCCGAGAUGGUUCCGAACGGGACACGGAAGUGAGUUGUGGUCGGCAAAUACCAAAACGAGGACUGGUUUCUUCUUCCAGAGCUAGUCACUUCGGUCACUUUGGAAGGCGCUCCGUUGAUUGAAAAAGAGCCGAAUCUCUUCCAAAAACUGUCGGUCGCUUGCACGGGAUUGGGCAGUCCGGCUCCGGUGAUCACGUGGGAAUGGACGGAUAAAGCGGUCGAGAAUGGGACGGACGGCUGGGAGAUUCACAACGUUCUCGUGGAUGACACCACUGUUGUGUGAGUUGCCAUUAGACUUAUUAGAUCCCCCUAGAAGUCAGGGAAUAUCCUUGUUACAGCUCGAAAAUCACGCGUAACAACAUACGCGAAUCUGGAAUGUUGACUUGUUUGGGAAAUAACAAUGAGGGAAACUCGUCUGAGGUAGCUUCAGUUUAAUUGCCACGUCAUCCACGUUCGCUGUUUUCAGACAGUCGAAAUCCGAGUACUCGGUCCGGGAAAGCCGCCAGAAAACAUUCAGUUGACAGCCUACCGCAAUCAGAUCAAUGUGACGUGGCAGGAGUCGACACUUCCAAACGGCGACAUUAUGGUCUGUCGCUGACGGAAGUUGCUGAACAUGCCGACCCAACUUUCAGAAGUACAUUGUAUAUUAUUCGGAAAACGGAGACGACGAGCUGGCCGAUUGGAACAAAUUUGAAACGGCCGAAUUGGAGACGUACGUGGAGGCGUUCGGCCCGUCCAUCAGGCAUUUCGUAAGGGUGCAGGCUGUGUCCGAUCGAGGGCCGGGCAUAAUUUCUGACAAACAUUCGUGCCUUUCCGACGUUCUCUGUAAGUUUCACGACCUUCAAGGACCGUACCGUUGAAGUCUUCAGAUGAACCCCUACACCUGGAAAUCCUUGCGUCGAACAUAAUGGAAUUCGAAGCGGAGCCCAAUCAGAACGUGGAAAUCCGAUGCAAAGGGACCGGAAAACCUCGCCCCGAAUUGUAUUAUCAUCUUGGAAAUGAAACGGAAAUGAAGUUCGAAGACGUCGAAACGACGGCCUACGACGCAGAGUUCUUCGAGGCGAAAGCGCCGCAGAUCAGCUCGCGGAGGAACGUGACGGUCACGUGUCGGGCUAGCAACAAGUACGAGAACGUCAGUGUGAGCAGGGUGAUCAUUGUGCGAAGUGAGCGAUAGAGGGAAGUGCGCUCCAUUGAGAAAACAGUAUUUUAGGGCCGGGAGAAGCGCCGACCAAUAUCAGCUGGAGCUUCGAGGAAGAAGACGAUUCCACGCUGUACAUCACCUGGAAUCCAAUUGAAAAUCCGAACGGAGAGAAGUUAGAGUACAAUUUAUAUUUGUCAAACUUCAAGACAAAGGUCUCAGGACCGCCUGUGAAGAUUCCUGAUGUAAGGGACUCGUAUCUUUCUCUCAAAUGACUUUCUUCCAGAUACCCCUGGACGUCAACAUAACCCUCCGGAUCUCAGCGGAAAACGAGCACGGAGAGGGAGAAAAGACGUUUCCAAUGUGGAUUCCGACUCCGAACGGCGGCCCGAAGACUCCGCCAGUGCUCACUUCGCUCCAUGCUCAAGACGCCAAAGUGUACAUAUUCUGGACUGAGCCAAGGCUUCCGAACGGAGACAUUCUCAAUUAUACGAUUUAUGUUAAAAAGGAGAAGGAGGAAGGGGAAGGAGACGCGGAGAAAAGAGAAGUGACGUGGGAGGUAAGGGAGCGAAGGGGACUGUCACCGGAAAAUAAUUUAUUCAGAAGUACACUUACGGACCGAAUACGACACACGUGGUGAUUGGAACCGAAGAGGGAUUGGAAGAGAACAGAAGGUAUCAGAUGAAGAUGACGGCGACGAACGAACGGCACGAGGGACCGGAGACCAAGGUGAGCAUGAGGUGGAAGACAGUAUUCACAUCGGGCACGUCCCCGAAUCAUCACAAAGAACUUUUGAAUUCAUUCCCAAUUGGUACGAAACUGCCCGUUCUCUGUUCUUUGAUCCUUGUGCCCUACAACCUCCGAGAACGUCUUUCCCCCUGUUUUGUCCACUUUUACGUCAACUGACCCAUUCCAGGUCUACUCAUUCGACUUGAUCUCGUUCGACGAAAAUGACGUCAUCGACAAUUUCACCGCGAUCGUGGUCAACUCGACGGUGUUCGUCGAAGUGGAGAAUGCGAUUUAUACGGUAGACCGGGUUUCAGUCGGACUUUUUCAGAGAAAAGAGGCAGAAAGUUUCAGAAAUACAAUGUGUACAUUCGAGAUGAGGGAAAUAAUCAGACGGUGAAGCAUGAGAUCGACGUGGAAUCGGGACGGACAAAGUUCGAGUUUCCGUUCCAAUUGGAUCAUACACUGAGGUGGGUCAGGAUAGAUCCAUCGGCGGAAUUCUUGAUUUCAGCUACACUGUGAAGCUCUCUGGCAUGAAGCUCGGCCGGGAGAGCCCGCCGUCAGAGGAGAUCGAGCUGGAGUUCCAGACGGCUCCACGGCCCACUUCCGUGCCGUUCUCUCGUCGGAAAACGAUUGUGAAAGAGCCGCCUCUUUGA